UACGAUAACAUUGUUACUCAAGAACAUUAUCCAGUUCACAUUUACGAUGACGCCGAGGCUAAUAAAUACAUUGAUGGUGCUGCUUAUCAUGCUUAUGGUGGUUCCAACACAGAAAUGGACUAUGUUACUAGCAAAUAUCCUAAUAAGAAUUUAUAUUUCACAGAAAUAGCAAUUGGCGAAUGGAAUUACAAUUUCCAGGGCGACUUGAUGUGGAAUACACGUGAAAUCGGUAUUGGAACCCUUAAUAAAGGCAGCAAAUGCGCAAUCAUGUGGAAUUUGCUUCUUGAUACAAACCAUGGACCAUAUCGUCCAAAUGGAUGCUCCAAUUCCUAUGGAGCAGUUGAUGUUAAAGUUCCUGGUUACUCAGAGCUCAUUUACAGGUCUCAUUACUAUGAUAUGGCACAUCUUUCCAAAGUUAUUAAGCCAGACUCCAUCAGACUUGGAACAACAGUCUCAGGAAGCUCAAAUGUCUAUGCUACAUCAGCUAUUAACACAAACGGAUUCAUUGGCGCUGUUUUACUUAAUGAUCAGGACCAAGACGUCACUGUUUCAGUCCACUGUGGCUCCCAUGCAUUUGAUGUCCCGAUGUCAAAGAGAUCUGUUGUUUCCGUCAUUUGGAAACAAUAA